UGUUUUUUGUCCACUCCUACUUGACGUCCACAAGCUCCUCUGAGUAAAAUCAACACUUUGUUCCUGCGAGGGCUGUGUCUAAACUAGAGCCAAAGAGAUGCCGUCCUGUGCUGAGGGUAUCGUCUUUAACUGCUGCUAAUUUAAUGGUGCUGAAAAGAAGGAUUUGAAAAGUUAGGGCAGUACUAGUUGGAAAUUAGGAUAUUGUGGAUGCAGAUGUGUUUAAGACAAGUACAACAGGAAAUGCCUGCUGAAUUCCCAUAGUUCAAGCACGCCAGUGCCUCUGGAGAUAUUUAUGAGAGUUUAGUUCAACCGCGAGCCUCAGCCUGAAAGAACAGAAGAAGCAUAUGGGUCCCGUUCUCAUGGAGCUCAGCAUGUUUCUCAGAGUGGAGCAUGUUAGCAUAUGUAUGCUGCAAGUUUUGUUUCAACUUGCUUUAUCUUUCAAUGUGGAUGAGAAAAAUGCCAUGACGUUUAGUGGUUCAGUGGAAGACAUGUUUGGUUACAGUGUUCAGCAGUUUGAAAAUGAAGAAGGGAAAUGGGUCCUAAUUGGGUCUCCCUUGGUGGGGCAGCCUGUGAAAAGAACUGGGGAUGUGUAUAAAUGCCCUGUAGGCAAAGGCAGAGAAUCAGGCUGCAUCAAACUCGAGCUGCCUGAAAACACAACAAUACCGAAUAUUACUGAAGUCAAGGAAAACAUGACACUUGGAACCACUUUAGUAACUAACCCGAAUGGAGGUUUUCUGGCCUGUGGGCCGCUAUACGCCUAUCGAUGUGGAAGUCUGCAUUACACCACCGGUAUCUGUUCCAAUGUCAGCUCCACUUUCACAGUUGUGAACUCCAUUGCUCCAGCUGUACAGGAAUGCAAGACUCAGCUUGAUAUAGUGAUUGUUCUUGAUGGCUCUAACAGCAUCUAUCCCUGGAACAGUGUCAUCAAAUUCUUAGUAAAACUGCUGAAAAGUAUUGAUAUUGGUCCCAACCAAUCACAGGUUGGAAUUGUGCAGUAUGGGAAGGAUGUGGGCCAUGUUUUCAACCUGAGUCAGUUCAAUAACACUGCGGACAUAGUGGCUGCAGCAAACAAGAUUCCUCAGAGAGGAGGAGAUAACACCAUGACAGCUCUGGGGAUUGAUACAGCUAGAACCGAAGCAUUCACAGAAGCCAGAGGUGCUCGCCGAGGAGUUAAGAAAGUGAUGGUGAUAGUAACUGAUGGAGAAUCACAUGACAGCUUCAGGCUGGGGAAAGUCAUUGAAGACUGUGAGGAGGAGGGAAUUCAGAGAUUUUCAAUAGCAGUACUUGGUAGUUACAACAGACAAAACCAGAGCAUUGCUAAGUUUAUUGAAGAAAUCAAGUCGAUUGCAAGCAAGCCCACUGAAAAGCAUUUCUUCAAUGUCUCUGAUGAGGUUGCUCUGGUUAGCAUUGCCGAUGCUCUUGGGGAGAGGAUCUUUGCUCUUGAGGCUACAUCUGAUCAACUGGCAGCUUCUUUUGAGAUGGAAAUGUCUCAAGCUGGAUUCAGUGCACAUUCCUCCAAAGAAGGGAUUAUGCUGGGAGCUGUUGGAGCUUACGACUGGAAUGGAACGGUGGUUAUGCAAAACGGCGCUGACUUUCUAGUCCCAAACCGAAGUGCAUUUCACAAUCCCUUUGUUGAUACGUACGAAGCUCUCGCUGGAUAUGUUGGUUACGCUGUCCAAUCAGCAUCAGUGGAAGAUGGUGUGUUGUACAUUGCUGGAGCCCCUCGAUACAAUCACACUGGGAGAGUUCUCAUUUACACCCUCAAUGGAACUGAUAUCAAAAUCAUUCAGAUACUGAACGGAGAGCAGAUUGGUUCAUACUUUGGAAGCGUGCUGACAACAGUCGAUGUUGAUCGAGAUUCUGUAACGGAUAUCCUCCUGGUCGGUGCUCCCAUGUUUAUGGGACCAGAAAGAGAAGAGCAAGGCCAGGUUAAUGUGUACACACUGAAUAAGAACACAUUUGAAUACCAGAUGAGCCUGAAGCCCAUAAAGCAGACGUGCUGCACCCUGCAUUCGACCAGCUCCUGCACAACGCUCAAUAAGAACGAGCCCUGUGGCUCCCGAUUUGGGACUUCCAUUGCAGCGGUGACGGACCUCAAUCUGGAUGGCUUCAAUGACGUGGUGAUCGGAGCCCCUUUUGAGGAUGACCACCGGGGGGCUGUCUAUAUCUAUCAUGGGGCAGGCAAGACCAUUAGGAAGGAAUAUGUGCAGCGGAUUGCAUCAGGUGGAGAUGGAGAGAAGCUGAAGUUCUUUGGACAAUCCAUACACGGAGUACUGGACUUGAAUGGCGAUGGGAUCACUGAUGUUACCAUUGGGGGUCUGGGGGGGGCUUCCCUCUUCUGGUCUCGUGAUGUGGCAGAAGUACGUGUUAAUAUGACUUUGGACCCCAAACAGAUCAACAUUCAAUAUAAACAUUGUGAAGCAAAGGGAAAACCUACAGUGUGUGUAAAAACCACAAUCUGUUUCAAUUACAUCCUGAAAUCUGAUCAAGCAAGCAAAGCCGCCAUUGGUAUUGAUUAUAAUUUAACAAUCGAUUUUCAAAGGCUGAUAUCAAGAGGUUUCUUUCAAAACACAACUGAAAGAAAACUCCAGAAAAAUAUCACCAUCAUGGACCCUUUCUGCACAGAGCACACCUUUAACAUGCUGGAUAAGCCUGAUUUUAAGGAUUCUGUGAAGGUUAUGCUGGAAUUUAGACUCUCCGAUGAGGAAAAAGGUCCAGUUCUAGACAGCCAGCUUCCAACCUCAAUAACUGAAUCUAUCCCCUUCACAAUGAACUGUGGAAAGGAUGAGAAGUGCAUCACAAAUCUACAUCUUCAUUCUGAAGCCGAUAUAAAGGGAGACAGGUCUUCCCCUUUCAUCAUUAAACCUGGUUGGGAGAAGUUCGGUGUAGCAGUAACCAUUAAAAACAACAAGGACAGUGCAUACAAUACUAGAAUACUGAUUAGCUACUCCAGAAACAUCCAUUACGUCAGGACUGAGCCUAGAGAGAAAGACUGUGAAUCUAAUCAUAACAUCACAUGUGCAGUGGGAUAUCCAUUCCUGAGUAAGGGAGACAUGGAUACCUUUAACAUCAUAUUUCAAUUCAAUAUCUCAUAUUUCCUGGAGAAUAUUACUAUCCAUUUAUACGCAACAAGUGACAGUGAAGAGCCAGAUGCCACUCUUUAUGACAACUUUAACACCAUUAUGAUUCCAGUAAAAUACGAAGCUGGUGUGCGUUUUUCAAGUUCCAUCAGAGAGUAUCAUUCAGUAAUAAAGGAGGAAGAAAGUAUACCAAGUGUAUUAAACACUACUGAGUUGAUUGGGGAUGAAGUGAAUAUCAGCUAUGUGAUUGAGAGAGAAGCACAUCGGCCAAUGCCUCCUCUCACACUGGAGAUCCUGUUUCCCUACCAGUCUCCACGAAAGAAUACCCUAUUAUACCUGACAGCUGUGAACACUUCAAUGAACGUGAAAUGUAAGGCACACCAUCUGGUCAACCCAUUCAAUAUAAGCCCUGCAAAUCCUUAUGUGUCGUCCCCACUGAAGGAGACGCUCAACAGCUAUGUUGUGGGGUGUAAUACCUCUAGAUGUGAAUCCCUCCGGUGUGCUAUAGAUCCUUCACAGACAACUCAAGUAAAUAUUACACUGCGAGUCUGGAGACCGGCCUUCAGGAAAGCUGAUUUUUCAAGUUUAAAUUUGCUUGUUCGUGCAAUGCUGAAAAUUACUGACCCUUCUUCAGUUAUCCUUCUAAACACAGACAGUGAAACCAGACUGGUAACAGUAAAGGUGUCGAAGGAGUCCCCUAGUGGAAUACCUCUCUGGAUCAUUAUACUCAUGAGUGUGCUCAUUGGCCUCUUGAUACUGGCACUGGUGAUUUUUGGAUUAUGGAAGGCUGGCUUUUUCAAGAGGCCGUUGAAAGAAGCAACAAAAGAGGAGAAGUGGUAGAAGCGUCUGCACACAAAUCUUCCAUCUCCUAUCCUCAGGACUGUGUUUUAAUUUAAGCAUUACACUGUGUACAGAAUGGCUAUGCAGUGUCUUGCAUUUCACAUGUUUGGUUUUUUUUGCCUGCUGAGUUUGCAUUCUUUUUUGUCACCACAGGCGGCGCUAUCACCACAGUUAAGCAAAGUUGUUUUUUUUUUACUGAAAUUAGAAAGCAUUUAAAAAAGUACAUCAGUACAUCCCAUAGGGAAAUACGACAUACCUUGGAUAACAUUUUAAUCACAGUGUGGCUGUCUGUCCUUAUAUUAUAGUGACUUAUUGAAAGUGCCAAAUAACAAGACAAACAACGCCUGCAAUAACGAUAAAUGUGAUUGUUUCUGCUGUUCAAUGGAAUGGAAGCAUUGAAUAAUUGCACACAGUUAUCUGAGAGAGAGAGAGAGAGAGAGAGAGAGAGAGAAUGAAUGAAUAGCAGUGCCAUACUUCAUAUGUAAUCCUAAAGAUAAUAUACCCUAGUAUUACACUUCCAAACUGUUACACUUCUCAUGACCAGAAAGCACACAGUGCCAGACAUUAUUGUUGUUUUGUCAUGAGUAUAGUAUGAAACUCCACAUCUCACAUUGGAUGAGGCAGGAGGACGUGCAAGGCAUCAGUGUGCACUCAAAUUGCCUGUAGUUGAAAGCAUUUCACUGUAAGUUCUGCUCCUUACAAACAGUUACUAAGCCACCCACUGCUUGAAAUUACAUCAUUUUAUACAUCUGUUAACAGUUUAUAUAUAUAUAUAUAUAUAUAUAUAUAUAUAUAUUGUAAAUGACUCGCACCACUCACAGUUCUUUGCCCCUUUAAAAUCAGACCCAGGAUGCAUGAAAUUGAUUUUUUACAACAUGACACGCUAUUUCUUUUAAUAAACACAAUAAACAAAAACCAAACACAAAAUAAACACCUAGCUCCUCAAUGAGCACUAACUAACACACAGGAACCUAACUAGCAUAGGCCAGCUGGGCCAUUGUUUCCGCUUGCCUGCUAGGAAGCAGCACACCUCUUCUGCCUCCUUCUCCACCACAGCCCCAAUCAAACUGACUGCCCAUCUUUUUAUCCCCUGCACCUGGCUCUAAUUUAAUAAUAAACACCAGGUGCAGGGGAUAAUUAAGCAAUAAAACAAUAAAGCAAAAACAAUCAAACAAUAAAAGAAACUAACAAAAAGGUGCCUGCCCACAUAUCCUACGCAGGGAGGAUUUUAACCCCCUCCCUGCUGUCUUACUAUAUAUAUAUAUAUAUAUAUAUAUAUAUAUAUAUAUAUAUAUAUAUAUAUAUAUAUAUAGUUAAAGAAAAAACAUAGUAUUAUACUGUAUAUGAAUGUGUUUAUUUAAAAUAAGAGUUUUAUUUUUAAAUUAAAUUGUGCUUGAAAAGUAAAAAUGCUGAGCAUUAUCACUCUGAAGAGAUGUAGUGUGCAUUCGUUUAGACUGAAGUAUUUACAAAUGGUACAUUUCUAUGACUAGCAUUUUAUACAUAGGCAUUGCUUGUGUGUCCACUGGUUUUAAGCAUUACCACGGUUGUUUUGAAAAAGCUAUCAGCCUAUUCCCAAAUCUUCAACACAAAUAACGUGCAGUUCUGCACAUAACAUGGCAGAGUCAUCUUUAGAAGAUGGGUCUAAAACGUGGCAGUGUUUCGUAUGUAUGGCAUUGCCGGUCUGUUCAAUAGCAUACAGUUGAUGACAAACUUGAUUUCCAGUUUUACAAGAACACUGUUCUUUUCAAGUCAUUGAAUUUCUGUAGAAUAAAAAAUAAAAAAUAAUAAUAAAGGAUUGGAAUUUUGUCUGUGCUCUGCAUCUUAUAACUUUGUUGUUUUGCUUUAUUAUUAUUAUUAUUAUUAUUAUUAUUAUUAUUAUUAUUAUUAUUAUUAUUAUUAUUAUUAUUAUUAUUCACUUUGACACACAUGCAGUACUUUGAAGUAUGUGAAUACAUUUUGUAUUAGAGUAAUGUUUUGUUUCAGAUUUGAGCACCAUUGUUUUGCUGCUUUUUUCAAUAAGAUUUUGCACAUACUGUACAUGUAAUGAACAAUGCAUGUGUUAGUUCAUUUCCUACUUUAAAGGAGCCUUCAGGCUUUCAAAUCCAUUUGCUUGCACUUAUUAGACUCUUAUCAGGCAUACUGUCUAUCUACAAAACAGCUUCUCCAGUUGAGCAGAAGUAUCUUUAGCAUAACUCUAAGGGGAUCAGUUAUAAUGUUAUGCAAAACAGAAGCACAGUGCAUCUAUUUUAAAGUUGGUCAGCACUCCUUUCAUUUGUAACAUUAUAUGAAAGUGUACAAAUAACUAUAUGAAUAUAUGCGUGGAAAAUAAUGUAAGACAAGCCUAAUUUGGCACCCGUAGCAUUUGAAAUUAAUAAUUUAAGCAUUAUAUUGUUUGUCGUCUGCACUGUAUAACUGAAAAAAAAAUGUUUUAAAUGCAAAGCACUGGUUUAAAUUCCGUACCUUCAAUAGCACAGAAAAAAUGCUUUGAAAUACUGUCACUGAAAUAUCUUUUUUAAUAAAAACUAAAGUGUACAGA